GGCAGAUCCUCCUUUGGCUGUGGGGUACGUCCUCUUUUUUUUUAUCUUCAAGGGUUUUCAUAUUUGUUUAAAAGCUUUCCAGUAUUUUCGUUUUGAGGGUUGUAAGAACCCCAAAACAUUUCUCAUUAAAUUUGUGGGCACAUUCUUGGCCAGAUUUGUUUGACAGCUUCUGUAAAUGCACUUGCAUCUUCCUGCUCAACAGCAUUUCUCAAUUUCUGAACUUUAUCCACAAAGUUUUGCAAUUGCACAAUUCUAAAUGUUAUACUCUUGAGGCCGUCUGUUGGCUUCAUACCAACAUCUUCUGGCAACCUGUCCAAAGAGUGAAGCGUCCUUGUAUAUCCUUAAGUUUAGUAUGAUGGUCGUAUUGUCAUCUACCCUCUGCAGGGAAAUUUUGUUGAAAUGACCUUGCAUUAUUUGACCACUUCCAGUGGCAUUCAUAAAAGGAGGGUAGUACCAAGAAAAGUAAGGUCAACGGCACGUUAUCUAUUGUUUAGUAUUGAAGACGCUUCUAGUAAAGGGAUGAGAGGGUGGGUCACUCAUUUUUAUGUUAGGAUUUAAAGGGUGGGCGACAUUUUUUGUGUUAACUUGGAACGGUGGGCCACUAAAACAGUGUCUGUCAGAAAUUCAAUUUUUUCGGCCCACCCCCUCCUGUACUUUAUGACCAGUCCCUAAAUAAACAUCGGGUAUAAUUUUAUAUGCGCUUCAUCGCAGACGCUGUUUGCUGUCAAUUUCUGAGUCAUCGCACAAAAAAAUAAAAAAUAAACAAAUCAAACUUUAGAAACGCCGAAAAUCUUUAGCCCUCACCGAAAGUUUUAUUGUAAAGUCAUGAAAAACAAAGCUUUUAGGGAGAAAAGAAUCUCUCUAUGCUUUGCACUUUUUCUAUCUUUUAGCGUGCAGAAAUUAUCGUUUUUCGGUACUCGACCGAAUAUUUGGGUGUAGGUGAGCCGCUGAGGGUUCGAAACCCAUACCCUGUUUAGGAUAACACCCUCAACUUUAGUACCCAGAUAGGACAACUCCCUCAGAUGGGGACAAGGUUAUCAAGCACACCUGUCAACUUGUACUUAUCUUAUUUAGACAAGGGUGCCAAGAACAAUAACAUUUAUAUUUAUUCCAGUAAAUGCUUUGGGUGAUGACGUACUAAAUAUCUGCAAACAUUUGCACUAAGACAAAAUCGAUCAUGCAUGAAACACCCUGUUUAUAAUUAGAACAGACUCGCACAAAUCAUGCACACUGUUUAGGACAGACUUGCAGGAAAUUGUAUACCCUGUUUAGGACAGACUUGUGCCAAACUAUAUACCCUGUUCAGGACAGAGAGGACGAAAACCAUACCCUGUCCAGCGGCACAUCCCCAUGGAGGCCAUAUAAGGGAGUACCCCCCCAGGGAUAGCAGACAGUUGUUGAUUUUAUGGCUCAACAUAAACUAUUUCUGUUUUCUUCUAUUUAUGGUUGAUUUUUCUUCACUUUUAAGUGGUAAGUUGCUGUUUAGUUUAGUGUGAGAAGAAUGGGUACUUUAUGACAUUAUAAAAACCAAAGUGACCCUCACAACCUGUGGGAUACUCGGGUCAACCUUUUGGUGCGCUGGGUAUCUGGCACAAUUAGCCAACCAGAACCCAAAUCCUUUUACAGUCUUUUCUAUGACCAAAAGGCCCAAUGUUAGCUACUUUUGGCAAAUGUAAACUAUGUGAUUCCAAGUUAGUCAUUUUGUAUUCCUGAAUCUGCUGUGUGAACCUUUGUAAUUUCCAGUCACAUUGAACGUGUUGAAAAUGCAGCCCCUUUAUUGUCCAUCCUGUCAUGAAAUGUUGCCCCAUCCACAGGUAGCCCAAACUCUGAAGGAGUUUGUUGGACUUUGAAUUUAUAAGAGAAUGUAUGACAAUAAACAAAAUACGUCCUAAAUUCCAUUUUUUGACAAAAAUAGAAAUGAGAAUGACUUACUUUGUGUUUUUGUUUUGUUAAGCUAAAACGGCCUGGAUAUACCCUACUUCAAUAAUUAUUAUUUAUUUAUCAGUAUUUUAGUUAUUCAUUUUGGUAUUAGGCAGGUACCACAAGGAAAUGAUUUGGUUGUUCCUUUUUAAUUUAGAUGAUAGAUAACUUUGUAGGUGAUAAUUAUUUGUAAUGCACUGAACUGGGGGCCUUUCUCUGCUACCAAAAGAAAAUCUUUAACUUUUAAAACAAAAGGGUCAAGGCUUUUUUGCUGAAUCCAGGCACUGUAUCGUGGAACACAGUGCUUUUUAGAAUUACUGCCAAAGAAUGAUUAUAAUGGAAGCUUUAUUUAAUGCAUGGCUAUAAUUUCAAAUUUUCAGGUGACUUUCCACCCCAGGUAUAGAGGGUGCAUAAANCAAGGUUGGCUGCCGGUUUGUAGAGUAGUUGAACUGUGUUUUCCGGUGCCACACAGUGUCCUUUCCCCCCCCCCCCGGAUUUAGGGUUAGGAAACUGGGUGAAUCAGGUUCCAUUUAGGGUUUUUAUACUGGGAAAACUGACCUGAAUCUAGAUUUACUCAGUUUCCUAACCCUAGUUACUAAACUUAGAGUCAUUCGGCGUUCUGCAAAAUACCCCUGCGUCAAACCUCGAUCCGUGGCUGUUCUCGAAUGGUAUUGUAAACAACGCUCUCUUUCUCUGACUGCCUUUGUCUGUACAUGGAAAGACCAUAGUGAGGAAAAUCAGAACCUAGGAAACUUUGCAAACUUGACUCUAAUCGAUCUCAAAACCACAUUACUUGUGUUAUAAUAAGUUAAUGCACUAUUCUCGCACCUCGCUGCCUUUAAUUGGCGGCGGGGAGCGGGGGGCGGAUUUUGCACUCAACGACCGAGCAUGAAGACCGCUGCUUUUUUUUCCAAUUCACGAAAAUUAUACCUCAUUUUAAAGCUGAAAGCGCGUAGAAUUCCUUAACAUUUUAUUUGAUUUGGGUUGAUAUACACUUUAAGUUACCGAUGUUAUUAUUUAAUUCUCGUUUUGGUUUAAUUUAUUUUUCACAGAUGUCAACCAAACCACCUGCAUCGAGUGUUCUGAAGUUAAAGCCCUCAACUUAUCCUGCAAAGAUUCCAUGCGUCAGGUGCCGUGUUCAUCCCAAUGCUUUACAGCUAAGGGAAACAUAACGUAUUUCUACAAACCUGAUGAAGUUAUUACAACAGCAAUAGAGGAACGAGGAUGUGCUAAUUGUACGGGUAAGUACAUGUAAGUCUCCAUGGCGUUCUGUUAAGUACUUCUUCCCAACACGGACACCUUGAGUUGGUGCGUACCUUUUCCUUUUACUCUCAGGCAGACAUCUCGCUAAGACGGACACUAAAUGGCGGUCCCCAAAGAUGUUCAUCUUAUUGAAAAAUGACUAUAUGCGAACCGGCAAGAUUCGGCAUAAGAGGGGUAAAGAAAGAAAGAACGACACAGUCAUAAUAAUGGCCAGUACAAUAAUGGAAGAAUAAAUUAGGGAAGGUGACUGUGGCGAAUUUAAUCAUAAACCAUCACAUUACACCAUUUCAGAAGUAAGAAGGCUGACCGACGUAAGGACAAUGGUGGCACGUAUUUCUGCUGAUGAUUCAUCGAUGCAUGUUGAAGAAUAAGAGUAAUUGUGGCUCCUUGAUAAUACUUCUUCCGACCGCCCCAAGUUUCAAGUUUCAAAACGGAAAAAUAAUCGGGACACUGCGGCUCACACAAACCAUACCGUAAACUUUUGCUUAUAAGCCCCCCCCCCCCCCCCCCCCAGCCCCCGAAAUCCCCCCCCCCUUUCCCCUCAACCGCGAGGGGAAAGCAAAAAAAAAAAAAAAAAAAAAAGGGACAUUCAAAAGAGGGGGGGAGGGGGGGAGUAACAAGAGGAAAAAUAACACAAGAAGGGGUCAAAAGAAACAGAAAAGCCACAUACUGAGAACACUAAAAAAAAAAAGAAAUGGUGCCCCUUUGUAAAAACUCUUCCCUCCCCCCCCAGGUUUAAAUUUUAAAAAGGAAAAAAAAUCGGGGCCCCGCGGCUCCCACAAAACACACCCCAAACCUUUUUUUUAAAACCCCCCCCCCCCCCCCUUCCCGAGCCCCAGAAAUCCGCCCCACGUUUCAUCUAAGUCAGAAGGGAAAAUGCAUGAAAAUAAUGAAAGACGAGAGGACAUUCAGACGUGGACGGUGAGUGGAGACUGACACAAUGAUAAAUGAUGCAAGAGAGAGUCUAAAGAAACGCUAAGGCUUAUACUCGGAUAACUCAAAAUGUCAAUGAAGAGCACCCCCCGUCACUCCACAAAAAAAAAGAUACUUACAAAGUUUAUGGUUUUAGAAAGUAUUCCUGUGUUUUCUUACUGGUGGGAGGGAACGUGUGGUGGUAAAUGGUGCUUCGUUCAAGUGGGCAUCUGUACUAUCUGGUGUCCCCCAGGGCACUGUUCUGGGGCCAAUUUUGUUCCUUCUCUUUAUAAACGACCUGCCCUCGUCUGUAUCAUCAAGUUUCAAGUUAUUCGCGGAUGACAGUGUGCUCUAUUGCCAUAUUGAGUCUUCAGCUGACCACGAUAGGCUCCAGCAGGGCCUACUCCAAUUUGAGGAAUGAGUGGCUAUGUGGCAAAUGAACUUCGCUCCUAGUAAAUGUUAUAUCAUGUCCAUCGCCCUUAAGCGUCAGCCAUCGUCAUUCUUGAACACGCUGUGUAACACUCCCCUAGAGGGAGUUACGUUCCAGAAAUACUUAGGGGUCUACCUCACCAACUCCCUCAAUUGGACAAAGCAGGCUGUGGAGGUGAAAAAGAAAGCGAAUAAGAUCCUAGGCGUACUCCAAAGGAACUUAUCGUCUUGUAGCGUUGUUGUGAGGGAGCGGACCUAUUUGCCCCUGGUCCGCCCUGUAUGCGAAUACAGUUCCGUCGCCUGGAGUCCAUAUACACAAAAAGACAUUAUCUGUGUUUAAUCCGUUCAGCGUUGUGCGGCGCGCUUUGUUUGUAACGAUUUCUGUCGUUCCAGUAGCGUUAAUACAAUGUUAUCGAACUUGGGUUGGCAAGAUCUUGAGACACGUGCACGUAGGAAGAUCCCCGAUUUGACAACGUUUUUUAAGAUAAAGACAGCAAAUGGGCGGAUAUCUUUCCCAAACGACCGACGCGGGGUGCACUGUCCUUACUUAAGGCAGUGCACAGCACCCAUUACAGUUCCAGCAUUAUUCAUCUACCAUUAACGCGCACAAGUAUUUUUUUUUUCGUAAGAGCUGUUCCCGCUUGGAACGCUUUGUCACCUGUUUCCUUAUGUGCUGAUUCCGUUGUUGUGUUCCAUUCAAGUAUUUGUAAUAAUUUUAUGUGUUGACGAUUUUUAUUUAUUUAUUUAUUUUUUUCUUUUUUCACAUGACUUGUAAUUUCAUUUGUAUUUAUUUAGUUAUUUGUUUUGUUUUGCUUAUUUAUCUCGCUGUCAAUGUCAUGAGCUUCCGUGUACUGACCGUCCAUUGCCAGAUUAGCUUGCUAGAGGCAAUUAUAUCAAUUAAAGAUUAAAGUUGUGUUGCAUCGCAUACAAAAAAUAAACUUCGCUCGUUAAAUUUUGAGGGUUCUGUGAGUUUCAAAAAAUGGUCAAAAUUUGCUUAUAAAAAUGGUGUACGAGGGGAUCGAAUAAAGUGAUGCUCGUAUCUCCAAUACAAGAGUAGUAAGGAACCUAUGUUUGGUAUAUUUGCCCAUUACUUCACCUGACCUAUGCAUGAUGUUAGUAUGAACUUUAUAUUCUGUUGACCCCCUUCCGCUGACAUUUUUAACAUUUUGCCCACUUUUCUCUGACAACCACUCUCAAGGAUCUUCCUCCCUCCAUGCAAACAGCCCUUAGUAGCAAUUCGCUUAGGCACAUCUUUCAAUUUACUUCAUGCUUUUCUUUACUUUAGACAAAGAAGCAAUCUGUGCAGCAUUCAAUUCCUCCUUGGGCAACAUGACCUUGCUAGACUGUGAUAUUGAGUGUUGUUCUGGCAAUAACUGUAACAUGCAGAACUUAACUGAGGUCAUUCCAGCAACACCUACGACCAUUCCAACACAGUUCCCCACGGCGCGUGAGUAUUAUCGGUCAUGCGCAUUGUACUGAGUAGAUUUGUACGGCUCCUCUAUCGAUAACGGUCCUUCCAACACCUGAUUUACAUGUAUACGGCCUCUCUAACGCAGUAUAUGGUUACUCUAACACCUGAUCACGGACCCUCCAUCACACAAGUAUAUAGUCCUUCCAAAGUACCAACCCUGCAUCCAGAUUUUUCCACUUAGAAAAUCGGUUCCAUUUUCUAAGGUAAAGCCCUCAGGAUGAUGUUGCCAAAAUACACGUGAAUAAGGAUGUAGGGUUAGUUGUGCUAUCUCGGUAGGGUAGGAAAACACAAAAUAUUGCUUUCAUUAGCGGAGUUGAAAAAGUUAAUUUUCCACAGAUUAUCUUAGAAGCUGAUAUUGUGAACGCUAGCCCUUGAAUUAAAUCAGCGAAUCAAGAGUUGUGGGUCGCGUGUUGCGUUUUGAUAUCGAAUGCUGGAGCCGCGCUUUUGGUGGGAAGAAGGUACUAACAUGAAAAACAAGAAUAAAUAAAGUGAAUAAACAGCAGGUUCUUUGAUUCCAUAGGGAUAUCUGGAACAAAUUUUUGUUUUUCUUUCAAGUCGGCACUUUAAAUCCCCAUGAAAGAAAAAGAAGAAAUCUCAGCUAGCCCAUUGACCCUCUUUUAACCCAUUCGCACCUGAGCCGCUCGUGCGGAUCCAAAUCCUUAUACCGCUUUUGACGUCUUUAGUUUUAACGGUCAAGGACAACUUUAUCAGCUAACUUGUUGAGGGUGAAGAGAUCUUUCAAACCAUAUCAGAAUGAGCACGAUUCAGUCGAGGAGGCCGCAGAAAAACGCAAAAACCUAUGGCAAGUUGACCCGAAAAUUCCAUUGAAAAUCUUGUUUUACCACCCACUGCACUUCCUUUCACAAAAUUCUACUAUCCUAAAAGCUUUCUGAAAAUCUUUUCCCAUCGAAAUGCCCAGCAAAAAAAAAAAAAAAAGAAAACCGGACAAGAAAAGCGAAAGAGGAGGGAAGGAGAGAAAGUGUAAUGUAAAAGUUGAGACUGCUUUGUCAUUUUUAAACCCCAAAAUUUUGUUCUCUGUGCGUGCCCGAACUUCGGAUUCCUAUAUUUUAUACACGGAAGCAAAGUGCUCGACGUAUGAACGACGUUUUGGGCAGUUUUGGUUUUUAAUAGCCAGACAGUGACCAGAAGGCGGCUCGACUAGCUUCAAAAGCCUCUUUUCGGCAAAAUUCCCAGGAGCGAAUGGAUUAAGCAAAGAAGACAGUUUUUAGAGAAAAUCAACUUUUGAGUAUAAAACAAUCAUGCAAACCCGAGACGAAGUUAAGGGUUUGCAUAACUGUCGAGAAUUCUCCCAACCCCUCGAGUGCUUAAAUCAGGCUAUGCAAAUACCAGGAAAAAGUUUUAUAUUGCUUUUAUAAAUGAACUUUCCCGAGGAAAAGGACAAAACUCUUUGUUAUAGCACUGAUUAAAAGAAAAAUUCUUACUAGUCUCGAAGUCUUUUACGCGAAGUCUUGCCCGCUUAAUCUGUUCUUGUUUUGCAAAAAAGGUGCUUUCCAAAAUAUGGAUUUUUUUCUCGCUUAUAUUGUCAGCUUAAGCGAAAAAAAACUGACACUGCAGGUUUGUAAAGAUUUUCCAAGUUUCAGCCGUUGAGCGAAUGGGUAAAUAAAGUAAACUUGUCGAGUUUUCAACUCAAAAACCUUUUUAAGUUCGUGCUUGGGUGAUUAGCGCGCGAAAGGCAAACAUCUUGACGUCACAACCAUGUUUAACACAUACUCUCAUGCAAACUCGCCUUUAGGCCAAUCAGAGCGCGCGUACUAUCUUAGGUAAUGAAUCUUGGCAAUCUUCUGAAUAGUCCACGGCUGAAUAUUUUCCAACGAACUCGUAUUAAGAAAGGACAGGACUACUAACAUACGCUUGAAAGUGGUGGUGUAUUUGUCGCUGCAAAGAAUACUGAAUUGAUUGUUAAUUGUAGUAGUCGGAGAAUAAUACAGUUAAUUGUGUUAGUAUGGUCUAAACUGGCAUCUGCUGGACGCAAGACACUUCGGGUCGAUGAUUAAUCGAAGUUUAGACAGCAUUUAUAAAAGUCCUCGUCUAACCCAUGUGUAAACCACGAUUACCGAUUAUUUAAACCUAAAGUUCUUCCAUAACCGUACGCGUUUAUAGACCAUUUCUAAACACCGACCAAGGAACAAUAGUUAGUUAGACCUGGUCACACUGUUUAACGGCAUUUUCAUGGGGAUGUUACUAACACGGGGACCGGGAAGCGGGGAACGAGCACGGGGAACGGGAAAAUGAAAAAUGGGAACAAAACGUAACUUGAACCCUAGCCCUAUCAGUAACUGCCUUUUCAAUUAUCUGCUUUGUUCCCAUUUCUCAUUUUCCUGUUCGCUGUGCUCGUUCCCGGCUCCCCGUUCCCCUUUUUAGUAAUGGCAAGAUGGCCUACUGCGCUACAGACAAUUGAGAUACUGCUUCAAUCGACGUUAUAUACAUGUUCGAGAAAUUCGGUUCCUUUUGGGACAGAUUUGACCCUUUAGAGAGGAACAAGAUGGCUCAAUUUCUUAUUACGUUUUCGUUUUAGAGGGGACCCUGUCAUUGACCUCCUAAAAAUUUUGGUAAAGAACUACAACAUCAAACAGUUAGAGUUUUGCAGCAGACAAUAAUGAUGCAGCAAGUUCUAAUUGCCUUGAGAUUUUACGCAACAGAAACUUUCGAGCGGGUUAUUGGCGAUUUAUUUGGUUUUUCUGUAUUUCUGGGUGCAAUGUUAUUCACAAGGAUUAAUGUGAAACUGCUAAUAGAACUUAAUUUCCUGUGAUUCCUUGAUUAUUUGGCGGACAUUAACGGAAAGGUAUAUGAUGUUACGCAGUCACUUUCCGGGUGAUUGAGGCCAUCGAUGUGCUUACAUAAGGAUCGCAUGUCCAAACAAAGAAAUUUUAUUAUUUAUUUGAUCCGUACUCAAAAUUCAAAAAUCCUUAACAUAUACUAAUUUUUGUUGAGGUUGUUGUUCUUUUAUUUUCAGCUGUCAACCAAACGACGUGUAUCGCUUGUUCUGAAAUUGGGCCGAGUAACACAACCUGUAACCAGAGCUUUUUUGUGGUGCCUUGUUCUUAUCACUGUGCUGUACUUAGGGGAAAGAUAGAGUUCUACACUAAUGAUGAAGUUACUGUAGUUCCUAUAGGGACACGAGGAUGUUUCAACUGUACAGGUAAAGAUCAAGUUUUCAUAUGAUCGCUACGACCGUGAAAAAAAUUUGGCGAGCGGACCGAUCAUAGUAAACAUAAUACAUAGAUUUUAUCCAGGACUAAAGUGAAGCUCCUGUUAAUACAUUUAUAAUUUAAAAUCAAACAAUAAACUUGUAUUCCACAAAUCAGUUAACUUUAAGGCAGAUUCAUUUUAAUUUUGAGGGAGGGGCGAAGUGAUUUUAGAGAAAAAAAAUGAUUUGCAAACAUUCCACGAAUGAAAGAAAUCUAACAUCGAGUUAAUAGUCUUAUAUGUACACCCAAAAAGUAACAAUCAUACACCUUUGAUCACAGUAGAUUAGGCUUAGAUCGGGGGGGAGGGUGUUUCCAACGAAAUCGGUGGUUCAGUCCUCCUGCCAGCAUGACGUCACGUCUCGCGUUAGUGACUUUCAAAAUGGCGAUGGAUAACAGUUUCGAAUUUCGCACGGAUGUACUGUUUCGAUAUCUUGGAUUUUGCGUUAUUAAGAUCCCUGCUGUCAUAGAAAAUCACUCUUCUCUGGUACCUUUUUUGGCGUGAAACGUCCAGUGGUGUGAUGAAUUUUAAAGGUUUUUUUUUACGGUCCAGCAAAUUUUCCGAGCCUUCAUAUCGACCGGUCACACUUUUAAGGCCCGGUGCACAGCAACAUUGAGGAAUUGAGACACAGCAAUAGGGGGUUCAUCAACGCAAAUAAUAAGCUUUAAGUGUGCGUACUUUAGUUCUUCAGCACCAACGGAUCCCCAGAUGAAUCCCUUCAAAUUACGCUUCGCGCACCGUACACAUUUUUUUACAAACUGCAACACCCUUUUUUGUAAAGAACUACCAAACAAAGCUAAACAAAAAUGCUUUCAAGCGCCACACGAUGACCACAGCGAAACAACCACAGCAACAAUUUACCUCGAAGGGUUAAGCAGCAACCAACAAUUUAUGAGCGAUUAAAGACAAAUAACACAAUCAAUUGUUCUAAAAGCCGAUUAAAUAGAGUAAAAACCCUAUAAGUAAACCACACAAGAAACCAAGUUACUAGAAAUACGAUAUCGCAAAAACCUCGCAAAGCCGUAAAGGGUCAGCAGUAAAAAAAAAAAUAGAAUUAAAACACAAAAAUUAAACAGAAAAAGAAACAGAAAACAGCGUCGCCGGGAGUCGAACCUGGUUUAUUUUCACGAGCAAGCAACUCAUUGACCACUGCACCACAGUGUCACUCAUUUUUUGGAGAUUUCAUUUUUGUUAUAUUAAAGCCAUUUUUCCCUGCCGCACUGAGACGCUGUUCGAAGCUGGGGGAGCUGUAUUUAUCUUGAGUUCAAAGAUACAUUUGAGGAAAAUUAGCUUAAGCGCGUAUUUCGAAGCUUUUUCGCGUUAUUUCGGGUUUAGGGGGCCUAUCAAUGUAGAUAAUCGAUGAAACUACAAUAGCUGUACUGAGUUUGAGGGAGAAUUAAGAAAUCAACAGAGGCCCACACUCGAAGGGAUGGAUAUUAAGUACGGUCGAUUUAAUCAGCGAAAGAAUAUAUGGAAUAUAAACGUGUGUGAUUCCUGAAUCGAACCUCACUGGACGUUGUCCGGCUAUUUUAGAGGAAAAAAGUGAGUUAAUUUUUGACGACCUAUGAUAGUUAUCCCGGAACACGGCCCGCGACACAAAUUAAAAAAUUACACUAAAUACCAAGACGGUUUACACAAGCAGAUAAAAGUAACAACAAAUUUCACACACUGUUGAUCAAAUUAGCGAUAUAUAGCAGUAUUUGCUAACUUUUUACCUUUACCCCUACCUCUCUUGUUUUGUAUGACUGUGGUGUGGUGUUCCUUGUUAAUUGCACAAGCGACCCGAGGCUCUCGUCCGUUACUGUGUGACGUCACAUUGGCAAGCGGAUUGAGUCAAGAAACGUAGUUGGAGAACAAUAGAGUUAGCUUCCUCCACGCGCUUCUCUUCCACAUCACUAAAAAUUAUAUAAUUGACAACAUUUUAAAACGUACUCAUAAGGAGAAUUCCACUAUCAAUGCCUAGACUGUUCAGUCUAACAAUGGGCUUCCAGCGAAAACUUUCGAAAAUAAGCCUAUUUUAGUUUAAUUUCCAAAAUCACCCAUACAGCCAGCUAGUUCUGACUUUUGACAAGCGCCAAAUUUGCAGUGCAAGGUGUUGCAUGUGUGAAUGAACAGUAACGGAGUUACGCUUCAACAUAAUAAAGAAUUUUUUAUUUUUAUCUUUUAAUGCUUUUAUUAUGUGUAAUCUUUAAAAGCAUUUGAUACACCCGGCGUUUUGAGUACUCUCGCAAGCGAUGUUCAUGUACGACUUAAAACAACCGGCACAGCGAUCAAAAUUGCGAAAGAGAUCUUGACUAACAAUCAGACAAGAAAUAUAUUCGGUGAAACAUUUACAAAGACAACAAUUUUUAUGCACAAAGACAAAUAUUGGGAGUGAAGUUUCUUUGAAAUUCCUGAGUCAUGUAAAAACCUGGCAGAUUUAAAUUUUAAGCCGGCUUCGCGGUGUUUGCUAUUUUGCCAGAUGAGCGCGGGGCAAGCUUUCCUUUUAGAACCAAAAUUGUAAGUAAAUAUUCUUCCGAACGUUUUCUUUCUAUUAACGGUCACAAAAUGUCUAAAGGGUUUUAAAGUUCUGUAUAUCAAACCUGCUACUAGUUCAGAUCAUUGUCUCAAAUCUUACAAACGUGUAUAAACUAGCCGCAUAAACUGCGCUCGAGUUUGUGAAACCAGAAACAAAACAAACAUCAAAUGCAAUAAUUACUCAAGCUUACCAGUCGAGAUUCAGUUCCUGAAAGCCAUCCCAGGUAAGGCCAGAAUCGCUUGAGACUUUUCAACCCUAAGCUCAUUUUUGAAAACGAUGAUUUCCGAUGAUUUUGACAAGCGGCGCGUUUCUCUACCAAAAACCUAAUAAACAAACCAGCCGCGAAUAUCAGAAGAAUCUUGAUAGCAGCGUUGUUUCAUUUUGUAGAUCCAGUUAAAAACAUAAUAUGUGACUCUCUCAGCUUCAGCUAUCAGUAAACAAGUUUCCACAAGCUGCGUACAUUUUCCGUUUGAAUUCACCUGUCAAAUUUUGAUCAAUCGGGAAAAAAAAUGAGACGUUGAGCGUGAUCAACACGUGACCAUGGUGAGCAAAGUCAAAGUUUUUCUGUCGUUAACUGAAAGGCAACUGGCUUCCCUGCUUGUAAAAGUUGGCUAAAUGUUCGCGUUUGAGAUCUGUUUGAAAUCAAAAAUUUAAUAGUACGGCUCAUAAAUAGAACUUAUUUCCGGUGCAUCAAAAAAAAUUAAACUUAAGCCUGCGAUCAUUUGAAAACUAGUAACUUGUCAGCGGAUAACUUAAAAAACCACGCAAACUCGAUGGAUCGACACCGGAGCCCGCGAUACGGUUAUAGGAUACUAGUCAGCGGAUUCCCCUGUUGAGAAAGCUGUCAACUGACCUCAAUAAAGUGCGCAAUAUCAGGUUGCAAGCUUCCACACUAGCUAGAAAGUGUGAGAUUUAGCAUUGGUUUUUCUGUGGUGCGGACGGACGGACGGACGGUCAAGUGAGUACCAAAUUUUCUCCGAUGGAUGGAUAACCAAAUUUUCUUAGCUAUGGGGCUCCGCUCGUUCUCGCGUGGAACUCCGCUAUGAAAACAUGCUCAAAAAUGAUUCUCAAUUUUCUGUUUCUGCGAUGGUUGUCUCAACGAUCACGGCGAUCACAUUGAUGCGAUCACUACGAGCAAGGGCCCAAAACAAAAAAUGCGUUAGAAAGGAGGCUAGAAGAACCAUGCGUGGAAAAACGACAUAAAAUCUGGCUAAAAAAGAAAAACAAACCAAGAAAAUGAAAGUGUAUAUAGCAUGUCCAUCCAACGUAGGCUUUACACGAUGAAAAUCUAGCGAUCAUUGUUUCCAGAAGUGAAAUCUGAAAAAAAAACUAAAUGUAAACGCGACAAGAGCGAUAUACCGUAAAAACCCUGGACGAGGAGAAAUUAUUUCUGGUGUGUCGGAUCCUGAUAUGGGUGCCUUUUUCGUUUGCACGUAGCCUAUGAAGCGGGCGGGCUUAUAUCUACAAUCGGCGACAAAAUUGUUGAGAUAUUGUACUUAAAUAGGGUAAUUUCGGAGAACAAAAGAAUCCGCACCCCUCCCCUGUCCCCUCCAUUCAAAGUUGGGGUGUUUGUUGUUUUCUAUAGGUAGCUAGAACAAGGGCACAACAUUGCAAGGAGGGGAUGGGGGAGGAAAGCUAUAUUUCCUCCUUUUGAAGUUAAUAAAACGUAAAAAAAGCCCCGUUUGGGGCGAAGUGUCUCAACUCAUUUUGUCACCGAUUGUAGCUUACAUAAAAGUACCCACCCACAGAUAUAAUGGUCCAUGUUAUAUUGCAAAGUCUGUUUUCGCCCCGCGGUUGGUAAAUUUUUCGUUCAUAACUUAAUGUACGGGCAAAAAUGUGUAACGCAAGUGCUCAUUUUGCUGCUAUGAAUAUGCUUAUUCCAUUAAAAAAAAAAGAAGAAGAAAGAAAGAAAUAUAAUGAUAGCUACCAAAUGUCUGUAAAUCCUGCGGACUGGGUCUUGACCUCGUCUUCCAAAUUCUUGCCUCAAUUUAUCUGAGAAGCGGUUCAAGAACUGAGAUGUAAUCGACAGAAGAGGAGGAUUUAGUCAGGAAAUCAAAAAUUUUACUGCAGGCCAAAAACCCCAAAACGCAGUUAAGAAGACAACUAGACUCGCAGAGAUUCGAGAUGUUUUGCGAAGGAACUGAACGAACGGUUCCUUCGACAAAACAAAGGAACCUGCACCUGAUCUUGACAAGCUUUUCUUUUCAAUCGCUUUAUGGCCCGUGCGAUUCAUGCUAACGGGCCGUACUUGAUGGGAAAAAACUUGGUCCGUAAUUUUCAGACGAACCUCCUCUGCUGAGAAGAGGUGUGGAUGGUUGCUCAAAGUUGGGGUUGUGCGUGGAAGGUUAAUGCUGGCUCAGACUGUGUUAUUAUAUAUGAAGUGAUUACAUUUAUAUAUAUCUUUCAACUUAAUUUAUGCCGUUUCUUUACUUCAGACAAAGAAGCAUUCUGUCCAGCCUUCAAUUCGUCCUUAGCAUCUGCCAACAUCAGCUUGCUGGCUUGCAAAAUAGAGUGUUGUUUUGGUAACAACUGCAACAAUCUAAAUUUUCCUGGUAGGUAUAUGACAUGAGCGCAUCGUCCAACCUAUGAGGGAGGAUAGAGAAACAAAUAGUUUAAUUUUUCCCUCUCCCUUUUUCUUCCGCCUCUGUUACUUUUUGGGUCAUUUCUCCCCCCUCCCGUAUUUUCCGAGUUUCUCCCUUGUUUUACGAGUAAUAGUUGUUGAUGGCUCCUUUUCCUUCUACUUAUUAUGUUUUAUAGUUUAUUCAUAAUAUUUAGCCGUUUCUGGUUGGCUUAAAACUCCGAGCUGGUUUUUCAUAACGCGCUCUGGUUUAGCAAAUUUGCAAGAAUUGUCAAUCGUCUGAUAAUAGGAAGACUUAUUGGACAAACGACGUCAGUGGCGCUCUGUUUGUUGAGUGGGCGUAAAAAUGGUCGAAAGGUACCCAUGAUCAGCGAAGACGAUGCAAUCAAAUUACUGGCUCAAACUAAAAGAUCUGGCAAGAAAACACGUACAAAGAAGGAUAGACGCCCACCGCUUCUUGAAAAAUGGCUAGAUUAAAAAUUCAUUCGUUCACAUCAUGAGACUGCGCAGAAACUAGCAAAUGUUUCGAAGAUAUUCUCAGUGGUAGAGCGUUGAGAGGUGGCUGUUUUCGUAGGCUCUUCACUAAGAGAUACUGAUCGAAACUUUUCAAUGGUAAAUUAAUCAUGAAAAAAAAAAUUCAAUGAAAAGUGUACUACGACAACAAUUUUCAUUCAAGAGGGCAAAUAAUGUGACCGGAAUGUUUCUCAAAGUCCCUUUAAAACUUUUUUUUCUAUGUGUGUAAUUUUCUCUCACCCGGCUUCGAGUUUGGAAUGGCCAAUACUGGAUGAAUGUACCUAGAAGCAAGAAUUUGGCGAAAAGCUUUGUUUUUACAACCAACACUAUGACAAAUGAGUAUUCUUUAGAAUUCGUUCUUUCCAACUGCGUCCAGAAACAGGCGUAUAAGUUUGUUUUUUUUUUAACCUGAUAACGUGAGGCCAUGCAUGGUCUGAAAUCUUACCCGUUGCCGUCAAUGACAUAACACCUGACGUAAUUAUGCCCGACUUAAAAAACAAAAGUCAAACCAGACAAAAAAUGUAAUAAUUACUGAUCAAAAGCUCGCCUGAAAUGCAGCUCCUGAAAGCCAUUAAGUGAGAACAACGCUUAAGCUUUGUCUUGUAUUCUGCGUGAAUGGCAGGUUUAAGUAUAGCCAAUAAGCCCACUUUUAAAUCGAUCGUCCCUUACAGAGUCUCUCCUCCUCCUCUCCCAGAGUUAGGUUUCUGAUUUUUUUUUCAGCUAUGGGGCUUCGCGCGGAAGCUUUACUAUAACGUUCCACAAAUGACUCUAGCUAGUUGAGGCGGGUGUUUAGGACAGUGCUUAGGACCGUACAACCAUUAACUCCAAACUUCGUCUUUGAUAAAAUUUUCAUCGCCUUUACCGAACACUUUCCAGCGGAAAGCGUAAGCCAGGCCACUGCAGAAGAUCUUGGAGAGGAGAGCAGCCUAUUGCAAGAUAAGACCACAGGGGCGAAGCUUUGCUAAAAAUUUGACGGGAAAUCCGUUUUUCAAAGAUUGCCAGGGGAUGUGACGCCAAAAACGGUUUAAAAAGGCAAAACUUUCAACGGUCAAGACGUCCUUCUUUGGGGUCCGUUUGGACAUUCUUUUGUAAACUUCUUAAGUCCUACUUUAAGUUCAAAAUAUAAAAGAAAUUUUCUCCAAGGUCGCCGACAUUAUUUUAACAAUCAGAUAAGGCUGAGCACCCUUCGAGAUCUGAAUAAAAGAAAUGUUUGGAAAUCGAGGAGUGUCAUUAUAUUCAUGGUUUCCCUUUUAGCCACUUGUUGACUUCCAAUCAAGCCUCUAUAAGAGCGCUUUUCAGUUGAGCGUUAAAGAAAGUGAUGAUUAUUUUGGCGUCAUAAUGCUAGUUUUAGAGACUGACUGAAAUUUUAUCAACUAAUCAGACACGUAGUCUUGUUUGCAUUGGCGCCGAGUGCAUGAACUGACUUUCUGUGCAUAAUGCGGUUGACAAGAGGAAUCAUGACAAAUUUGGUCCUACGAAGCUCUUUUGAAAACUACUGAUGUUGACGCAAAUUCGAAAAAUAUAUUUUCAUUCUGGCAAUCUUAAGCGUUAUUUUCUUUUUCUUUUUUUUUAGCUUUAGAAGAAAACGAAAGCGUCCCCAUUCCUGUGAUUCCUCCCCCACGUGUGCCGUCAACAGAAGAAAAGGAAGAGUCCGUGCAGAUCUCAAUUUCAGUUACUACAAACCAAGUAGGAGUCCGAAAAAUUAAGAUGAUACGCUUUCGCAUAUCCGGUCCGGCCGAAGUCGGAAGUAACAAGGCAGGGGCGGAUCUAGGGGGAGGGUGCAGGGGGUGCGCAAACCCCCCCCCCCCCCGAGAUGACCUGCAGUUUUCUAAUACAACUGGAAUUCUCCAAAAAAACAAACUAUGUGGUUUAUUGGUGUUGAAGUAGACCAAGAGACGAGUGGGCCCCUCCUAAAAAAAAAUCCUGGAUCCGCCCCUGCAAGGACAUAGCAGGACCGAUGAUUAGGAGUAAUUUUCUACUAGAUUUGCCUGUUUGCCCCUGAGAAUUUACGUUGGGGGAAAGAUUGCGGGAAAAAAUAACAAAACCAAACAAACACUUUAAAACGGAAUCCCUCAGGAAAUUGAGUAAAAAUUUUAGUUUUUAAUAGACAACAACCUUGUGCCAGAAUAAUUGAAACAAUAUCGCAUUCUUUAUUACAUUUUUCAAUGGCUAUAGAUGUAAUUAGUUUUCUGUAAUAACACCAAAGAAAACUUCUCAUGAGAGCCCGAGAAAACGAAUGUCAAAUUUCACAAAAUGACAUGUUACACAUGAAAUUUUCAGAAUUUUAGCUGUGUUUUCACAAUUCUUGUAAAAUUUGAGAUUUAUUAUCUCGGGCUCCCAUGAGAAAUAGUCUUUGAUGUUAUUACAGAUAAUGAAUUAUAUCCAUAGCUCUUUUAAAAUGUAAAAAAGAAUGCGGUACUGUUUAAAUUAUUCUGGUAGAGGUUUUUUUCCACCGAAAGUUGAAAUUACUCAAUUUCCUGAUGGAUUCCGUGUUAAAUUCUAAGGCUUUUCAUUUCUCCUAGUGCCUAGCUUCCUUUUUUAUUUUUUUUUUCCAUUGCUUUGAUUUCGUACCAAGCGAUCAACGAUCGCGAGAGAAGUGAAGCUACGAACUUUUAGUCCCUAUUUUGACACUCCGGAAAAUUGCUCACAGCCUGCGAUUUUUCCCUCUCUAUUUCUCUAUUUAGUAUAUACUAAAACAGUGGAUAAUGUUUUUCGCGCACUCUGAUUGGCUACUCAAUCAGUGAAUUCACAACUCCUUUUGAAGACAUUUCUCCGCAAGAGCUAAACAAAUGCCCUCAAAGUUUUAUUGGUCGACAAAAAAAAGGGACGGCUGCAGCCGUUCGGUCAUUGCUCGCCAAAUUGUAAUCGUUGGCAAUAAUUAAGCAAUCGUGCUUAAUUAUCUCUGGCCACUGUUUCAGUAUAUACUAAAACAAAAUAGUAUUCACGGAAGUGGAGGUGGCAAGGGGUGGAUAUUUACCUUUGCCGCUUUGUGUCUCGGUAAAUGCACCACUAGCCACCUCCACUUCGGUGAAUAAUUGUCAGGUAUAUGUCCCUAAAUAAUAAAAGAAAAUAACUAAAUAACAAUUUUGAAAACCGCAAGAUCGUAGCUAUAGAUUAACAAAAAAAGGGAUGCACCAUCUGAUUGAUAUUUUGGAACUGCGGAUUGAAAUCAUUCUGGCUUGCAUAACAAUGAGGAUUUUCAGGGGUUGAAUUUGAGUGAGGGAGUUAUUAACUUCUCGUAGUUUUUCUCUGGUUUCAUUUUCUAACUCAGUUUGAUAUUUUCUUUGACAGUAUGAAUGGAAUUUCCAAACCGACAAGACUUUCAAGGAAAAAACUUCUUCUGUUACAACAAGCUUUUGCUCUCAGAGCAGAGUAAAAUGCGCAUUAAAGGAAGCAAGGCGUAAAAGGUAAUUAUCAUAAGUGGCCGAAAAGUUUCCAUUCCAAAGUUUUCAUUCUCUCUUUAAAUUUAUGAUUUGAAUAAAAAUUUACUUGUUGAAAGUCUAUAACACCCCUCUCUGAGAUUCUCCUAAAGCACCAUAGUGCAGGUUUCUCGGUAAAUGGGCUCAGUUUCAUAGUUCUCAUUAAUUUGCUAGGAUGAAAUCCUGACUGGGAAAAUACAGUAGAAUUUCGAGACAAUUCAAACUGGAACUGUCUUCCCUUCCUGUGAAACACGCUAAUUCCUUCCUCGAUUUCUCGAACCCCCCGAAAAUUAUUUUUGCUUAUCUUCGUUCAUACUUGUAUAUAAAGGAGUAAACUAUUUAGCUCUUAAAAGCCCAUGCUCACCAACGUGACUUUGUGAGCUAGUGUUUUGGUUUUGAAACCCUUCCUUUGUCAAAUUCAGCAGGUGUUUUGAUUGGGCAGAGUGUUCGUUUUAUUCACGCAUGGCCGAAGCGUCACUCUACACAAACUGAAGGGAGAAACUUUCAACUUCGCGAAAUUAUUUUUCUGUAGUAUAGGGCGAGCAAGGCCGCUUGGGUGAACAUGGCCCUUUCUUUAAAGGCAACUGAAUUAUCCCUCGUUAUAGCUUGAGUAUCAGGCGUUUCUGAUUCAGAAGGGGGAAGAGCGGAGCGAAUGAGGAGAGAGCUAAAAUCUCCUCUCCGGCAGCCCAUAAGGACGACUUGCUACCCUCGUUAUUGGUUAAAAAUUAGAAUAAUAAUAUUAAAUCCUUAUAUUCCUCUGUUUCAUUAGUCAAGUAUUUCGUUAAGGCCCGAAUACGAAAAUAUAUUUCCAAAAGAACAUUGAAUAGAAAAUCAAAAACAGAUUUGAUGAGCGCUAUCGAGUCUUUCCAAACGAGUCUCGUUUUUCCACGAGUCUCAUAUACAGAACGAGCCUUUCUAAAGGAGUCUCGUUUUCCGAAGGACUCGUUUUUUGAACGAGCCUCGUUUCAAGAACGAGGAUCGUUUUUAAACGAGUCACGUCUUCGUGGCAGAUCGAGUAGCCAUUUUAUCGUGACGAUUUUUUUCGUAACCAUCUAGAUUGGUUUCCCAGAAACGGUGAGUGAUCCGAGAAAAAUAAGUCUCGUUGUAGUUUAACAUGUCUCGUUUCUAAAACGAGUAAUCGAGACAGGUGGCAACGAGUCUCGAUUUCACGUUUUCGAUUCGACCGCCGGAAACGUAAUGUAGAGGCCAUUAAAUCGAGACGAUUUUUAUCGAGUACUUUACGAUACCUUGCGCAGAAACGAUGAGUGAUCCGAUAUAAUUGGCACAAAAAUUCGAAAACCGUAUUCGUACUCGAUCUCUUGUACUCGUAGUUAGCCUUACAAGAUCUUUAGUGGGUAUAGGACUAAGCAAAGUUGUGAAGCGGGUUUAGGGAUGCAAAGGGCCGGCUCCCGCGUCUUUCGCCUGCUUUUAACACAACGUUCUUUUUAUCUAAGUUUUGGAGUGCUUAAAAAGUGAUACGACAUCAACAGGUCUUAUAUUUUGACACAAAGAACGGUAAACACAAAGAAAAUCACAAACGAUAACGUGUUUGUUAUCUAAGGACAAAGUUUUCGUUUUUUUUUUUUUUUUUUUUUUUUGGCGUCCCUGUAAUUUCUCCUUUACUGUUUUUUUUUUUUUUUUAAUUUUUUUUUAAAAAUUUGGCCGGAAACGCUUUUUUUCCAUACAUUUAAAAAAAAAUUUUAUUUCCACUUUUUUGUGUUUCCCCCCAACAGGGCCCUCGCCGCCCCCUCCCCCCCUGACAUUUUUUUUUUUUUUUUUUUUUUUUUUGGCGUCUCUGUAAUUUCUCCUUUACUGUUUUUUUUAUUUGAUUAAUUUGUUUUUAAGAAGUUGGCGCGAAACGCUUUCUUCUCAUACAUGUAGAAAAAUACUUCAUUACUCGAUUUGUCGGUUUCCCACCAGACGAGCCCUCGUCGACCUCUACACCGCUGACCAAGUUCAACUUCUCCCUGGUUACCCAAGGAACGCCUCAGGCUCCCUUCAGGUGGCAUUUUACGUCCAGCAGCCAAGGGGUCUUUUCAUUGGAAAUGCGUCCAUAUUACCUGGAGAAACACUGGUCAACAUUGUUAAAACAUACAAGUCAGAGAUGGAGACAGCCAUCGGCGCCAACAUUUCACGAGUUGAAGCGUUCAUUCAAUCCCUCUUGACAGCAACAACAACAUCACCGACAACGCUACCGACAACGCUACCGACAAAAGUGCCAGACAGCAAUGAUACCACCAAGUGGAUUGCUAUUGGUGUGGGAAUUGGGGUGUUUGUCUUGAUUUGUUUUAUUUUGCUCGUAACUUUAUGGUAAGUUGCUUUGAAAUUCAUCGGCAAUAGCCCGAACAUUCGAUAAAAACCAAAUCUCAUUCAAACUAACUAGAUAUAUACAUAGUUUCUCUCGUUUGGCCAGGUUAUAGAACUUUCGAUAACUCUAAAACCUUGGCACAAAUAUUAGGGACUAUUUUAUAACUGAAUUCAAAAUUGAGAAAAGUAAGUAAGUAGUUUAUUUAUACACGUAAACACCUAAGAGUUAACAAUAACUCGUUCGAACGUGCACGUAAAAAGUGAGAAAUUUUUCCUUUGAAAUACGUAUUUUUGUGGCAUAUUUGUGAAAUGUAACUUGUUCUGCAAAGCAAUGAAAUGAAGUAAGGCUCGGGAUUUAUUAUUAAUGACAGCCGCUAUUAUUUAAGCAGAAGGUGCAACGAUAUUGCAAUUCCGGUGUCCUUUUUUGGGCGUGAGUCCAAUGUGUAAUGUCUUUUUGCCUGAAAUAAUUAUUCCGAGUGCAAGAGAUCUUAUGAAACCAAGUUGGCUUGAUUUGCUUUACUGGGUAGAGCACUGCAACCGGUCAUUGACAAAAUGUCACAGCUCGAAUUCCAGCCAAGCUAAUUUUUCUGGCUACUUGUUAUCCACUGCAUGAAAAAAACAGCGCCUACUAACAUCUUCCUUCUGUACUAUUAUGCUAUUAAUAACUUUUUGUCUGUAAUCAUCGCCACCAUCAUCAUCAUCAUCGUCAUCUACAAUAUCAUUAUUAUUCAUUCAAAAUAUUUCCCCGAUUCUGAUUGGCUAAAAGCACACGUUUAAUUCACCAUAACCACUUACUGAUGACCAAAUUUGGAAGAAUUUUGACUUUAACGAGGAAAUGACGUCAAAAAUGCAGCGUUUUCGCAGAUUAAGGCACCGUUAACCGAGAAGACCUGGUGACGAGGUUGAGUUGUUUUGGUUGUGAACUUGAAAAAAUGGCGGAAAUUUUUUCACUCGUUUCAAGAGUAAGAACUAGUCGGAAAAAUAGCAAAAACAUGGCAAGAACAGCAAGAAGACAAGUCGAAGGGAGACAUCUGCUAUUUGGAGAAUAUUUGCGGAGCUGGACAAACCUAAACGUACACUAUCGAAGAUGAACUGAUCAUCGAUGGAUCGAUGGAGGUAAGCAUGUUUUAGCUAUGUUUUUAAACAAGGAAUUAUUUUGAAUGAAUAAUAAAACAGUUAUUGAAUUCGGCUUUCGUAUUAUAUGAAGACUUAUGGAGAUCUCGGAGGGUGUUAUCCGCCUCGGCCUACGGCCUCGACAGAUAACACCCUCCUCGAUCUCCAUAAUUCUUCAUAAGAUACUCAGCCUCAUUCAUUAACUGUUAAUUAUCAUCAUCAUCAUCGUCAUCUCGCUAUUACUUCCAGUUGUUUAUGAAUUAUUUAUUAAUAGAAUUAAGUCCUUUCCUUUCUCUUUUACUUUAGGUUAAAGAAGAAGAAAAACGAGAACAUUGCGGUCUUACCUGACAAAUCGCUGAGCAUGGAAAGUCUCAAGAGAGCCAGCAUGGGCCUUGACAACGCUACACACACUUAA